CAUUUUUUAGUGCAUAUAAAAAUGACAUAAUAGAUUAAAAAUGCAAGACCAAGUUAAAGAAAAAGAUCAUUUGUUGGUAUUAAAAGUCAUGCGACUGACAAAACCUUCAAUUAAGUCUCCUCUCCAUGUUACUGCUGAAGAACAUGAUUUUCCUGGAGAUUUGUUUUAUAAUGAAAUGAUGAAUGAUAUAAGUGCUUUAAAAGGAGCAGAAGAAAUGGCAGUUGGUGAAAUUCUUUCUCUUCCACAAGCAUUUGGAAGCAUUUAUCUCGGAGAGACAUUUUCUUGCUACAUUAGCAUUCUUAAUGAUAGUAAUCAAUGUUGCAAAGAUAUUUCUGUCAAGACAGAUAUGCAAACAGCAACUCAACGGUUUCAAUUAACAGCUUUUAAACCUAAAGAUAUGUUGUCACCUGAUCAAAGUGUUGAUGAUGUCAUAAGUUAUGAAGUGAAAGAGCUUGGCACUCACAUACUUAUUUGUGCUGUCACAUACUCAUCUCAAAGUGGUGAAAAACUUUAUAUGAGACGUUUCUACAAGUUUCAGGUAUUGAAACCUCUUGAAGUGAAAACAAAAUUUUAUAAUGGGCAGAAUGAUCUGGUGUUCCUUGAAGCUCAAGUUCAGAACAUAACAACUUCAAAUAUGUGCAUGGAACAAGUGACUCUAGAACCUUCACAGUAUUAUCAUGUACAAUCUCUUAAUUUUUUACCAAAAGACAACAAACUUGAUGGAGUAUAUGGUUGUAGUUACAUGAAUCCAAUGGAUACAAGGCAAUAUCUAUUUAAACUUCUUCCUAAAUGUGAUGAUUCGAAAGAGAUGCGAACCAAACCUCCGUUAUCAAUCGGAAAAUUAGACAUUGUUUGGAGAACUAAUUUUGGAGAGACUGGUCGUUUACAGACAAGUCAACUUCAAAGAAUGACUCCGUCAGAGCGUGAUGUAAAAUUAGUUUUAAUUGAAGCACCAGAUGUUGUUAGUUUAGAAAAACAGUUUCAAAUUAAAUGUCGACUUGAAAAUUCAAGUCCUGCAAAAAUAGAAGCUAAAUUGUUUCUUACAAAUCCUCAUAACAAUUCAAUGUUGUGGUGUGGAAUAUCGGGAAAGAUUCUCGGACCCCUACCUCAAGGCUCUCACUUAGAUAUCACUCUUCUACUCUUAGCAAUAAGGCCUGGAUUUCAUUCUAUCGGUGGUGUUCGAAUUCAGGAUCUUAACAGUUCUAGAGUUUAUGAAUUUGACGAUAUUUUUAAAUUACUUGUUUGUGCAACUUGUGAAAUUCCUUUUUAAUAAAUGAUUUUUUUUAUAUCUUUACAUUUAUUUAAA